AUGUUUCAUUUGAAGGGUUCCCAGUCCUCUUUUUAUGCGGUCUAUAAUGACGAAAAGCCUGGUGUUUUGACCGCGGUGGAGAAAACCCUUGUUGGUCACCUCAAAGGGGCCGUUGCUUUUGACAAUUCUUCUGGAUUGUGGAUCAUUCACAGUAUUCCUAAAUUGUCGGAGUCUCCAGAUCAGUAUCAAUAUCCGGACACGGGUCGAAUUUACGGACAGCACAUGCUGUGCGUCACAUUGUCCUCUGCUUAUAUGUUACCAUUGAUUGAACAACUUGUACUUUCAAAACCCCAGUUCCUUGCAACUUACGUUUCGGAGGAUUGGACAGAAAAGUACCCGGAGAUUGAAGCGUUAUUUAAUGACAGACCCAAGACCAACGAGACCAGCAAAAUAGCGCCGUUUGAAACGGUCGAUGGGAAUUUGAAAAUGCGUCAUUUUUCAAAAUCUGCAAAGUUUGGUAAAGAUCUGUACAAGGACUUGGUUUUACCGAAUCUUGGUUAUGCAUUGCAUGUGGAAACCUGGAGACACGGAGACAGUGAACCAUCUGUGUGCGAGAACGGCAAACCAUUGGUUGUAAAUGUUCAAUUUAUACAUUUCAAAGAGCUGGCUGUCACAUUCAGUAGUUUUCAAGAUCAUUCCAAAUGGGCCUCGACUAUUCCCAAAGAGUCUGCGAAUGAAGAAGGCAAGAUGUGGAUAUGUCUAGGUGAUAUAAAUCGCAUGUACUCUCAAUUUCAUCGUGGUGGUGGAACAAUGUGUAUCCAGAAUAAUAUAAUUUGGAAAGCAUUUUCCAACUUGAUUACCCAAGUGGAGAAAUGUGGUGCUGAUGUGGAUGACGACGUGCAUGUUGAAAGUGCCCAGAUUCAUUCCGAACUGUAG